CCGGGGCUAAUAAAAUAUGACUGACACAGACAGAUGACAAAAAUUUUUCAAAAAAAAAUAGGUAUCAACAAAAACAGAACAAAACAUGAAACUCUUGCUACUUUUUCAUGGGAUAUUAAUUUCAUAUUUCUGUUGUCAUGCAGCGGGCGAAAAUGUUGUGCCACUGCUGAUUGUGAACCAGACAUUUGUUAAUGGAACAGAUAAAUUUCUAAAAACGGUCAAGCGUGAGUCGGAUGAUGUCUCGCCAAGUUCAAAUCUUACUUACUUUCCGUUCAUAAUGCUGAUAGACCAAAAGCACGACACCAGUGAGUAUUGGAGGGAGACAGAGAUCCUAACUCUCGUCAGAAAUGAUGAGAAUGAGAUAGACUACGACAAGUGCGAGCAGAGUGUCUCCAGCGGGAGUGUGCUGCAACUGCCCAGCAGGAGAACUGUCAGACCAAUUUGCAGGACCAACAUUGAUUACCAGAUCUGCCCGCAGUGUCCUCACUUCAGCAACUUUACGGAAUGUGAGCUGUUUCGAGAUUCUUGCAAGGAGAGAAGAGUUCUACCAUCAGAGUUCCGCACGUACUGUGACAGGAAGUACGGCAAAUGGCGAACCAUGUUCCUGCCGGCUGAUUACAACCAAUGCAGAUGUUGUGACGAGUGCAUCUUCUACAGAGAACUCGACCAGUCCUGCGUCCAAGAUGAAUACAACUUUGAUUUUGAGGAAUUUCUGCCGGUCACUUCUAUAGAUUUCAGAGCCGGCUGCAACCCUUACUGGGGUCACCCUGAGCAGGAGUACAGGGCUCUCCGGUGUGACAAAACCCUGAGGAGAUGUGUUCCGGUCGCCAGCCCUACGAUGCCGAAAGACACACUAGUAAAUGUCCGCCGAAGCUUCCGCUACUCCCCGCUAAUGAACGGCAAGGAGUGUCCUGUCUCGUGCCGCGGCUACGCGUGCAAACACCAGUUCGUGCACGAGUGGGACUGCGCCCCGGGGGCUUUCAUACCGGACCGUGAGCAGUGCAACUGCUGCGGGCAAUGCACCAUGUUUUACCAAUUAGAUCAAAAAUGCGCUGAAUUUAAGAAAACUUUUCACAAUGUGAACGGCUCUAAGGAAAUUGAGGUAGAGGAGGAGUUCCUGGAGCCAGGUUGUGACGACGGGCUGGUCUGCAGACAGGGUCGCUGCCAGGACAUACACAUCGUCAGCUCGGCGACGGUCACCGGCGAGCGGAGGAAACGAGACGACGAGGAGGGACAAGCUAAUGAGCCAUGUAAAACCGAGUUGAAGUUCUUCAAGAAGAAGUACGGUUCUAACGGCCAUCUGCAUUACGACGCCCCUCAGUGCUCUCCGUUAUGGCUAUAUUCGCCUGUGCAGUGUCGUCAGUUUAUCUGUUAUUGCGCUCUGGAAGAUGGAACAUUCAUCGAAGGAAUCAAGGUGCCGAGGGUAGAAGUGUCUAAUAUGAACUGCGAUUGCGCCCGCGACAAAUGUCGCACCGGCUCGGACGUGGAGUGUGACGGCUACGGCAAUUACAAGGAGGCCAUUUUCUCUUCAUACCAGGAGCUUGACGACAGUUCCAAACCGAAGGGUUCCGUACAUCGCCACGGUCGUGACGUGAACCCAAACAUCAUCCCCACCAAUAUCUGCCAAGAAGCAAAGUCGGGAGCCGGCGCCGGCAGCGGUGAGGACUGCAAGACUACCAAAAUGUGAUUAUGGAAUUUUGAAAGAAGUAUUAUUUUACGGCCUUUCAACGUGUAUUGCUCUGAGAUGGUUUUAUGUUGGUUUUACCCGGCUUUUACCCGGUUUACGCCGGGCAAGAUUUAUGCCCAGGCGUAAACCCAUUUCAAUAUUACUGUGUUUUGUCUUUUGGCACCAACAGAGCAAUGUUCUUCUAUUGGCAGUACGUAUUCUUCUUUGCAUACGAUUUUAUAGCAAUAGCCAUGCUAAUAUUAGGUAUUCUGUAGCUGUUCUAAAAUAAUUAUACCUCGGUUAGAAAUAAAACCGGUUUUUUUUUUGCUUCUAUCGUCUGCUCUUCGUACUACUUAACUUCGAUUCUAAAGAGCAAAUUACGAUAAUAUAUGGUUGAGUGCGUAAAUUAGAAUCCCAAUUAUUAUUGUCUGGGUUUCGUAAGAGCACAUAAACUGUACGAAUUACUUUUGUGAAAUUUAAAUUAUAAUUUAAUCUAGACAUUUCUGGAAAUGGUAACAAGAAAUACCUUAUUCUGUGUCAUAGUGUCGUUGUUCGAUCGGUAAACUGGCCAAAUCAUUUCAAACACGAAACAUAUAUAUACUCGUAGCACGUUACUGACGUCCACAUGCGGUCUCUUUUACCCAUAUCGUGUAAAAAGGAGAACGUGUGGACGCAAUUACGUGCAAUGUUUUAU